GCCACUUUUAUCGAUGAACUCUGAGCGGUCUUUCAGUAUGUCAGGUAUAGGAAGUAGUCGAAGUUCGGAUUCGUUUUUUCCGUUAGAAGAUACAUCUAGUCAGGAAGAUGAACUAGAUGCCGAUAUUGUACAGUGGUUAAGACCGUAUGGAGUGCGGUUUAUCCGCGAUCUUCGUACGUAUCGGCAGUGCACCUGCAGCGUACCCUCAACCAUAACAAUACAGUUUCGUGAUGCGACCGACUCUAUCGCCAUGCACUUCAAAGACACAAAUGGUUCAACGCCUUUUUGCUUUCAGCUCGUACCCAAUCGAGAGGACUUUGUCCAGGAUCCGUAUGGUGACUUCUCCCUUCAGGAUUUCUUCGUUGAAAGAGAUUCGCGUGGAUCAGCCGCGGGCGUCUUGCAUUUUUCCGGUAUGUUCGCGAAUCUUGAGUACGAUCGAACGCUUCCUGCGUACAGGAUUCUUAAUCUUGGGGGCGAUCCAAAACUCUCUCUAAUACAUCGUGCCGGCAAAGAUACAUUUAAGCAGGAACUCGUUGAAUUUGUACGAAAGCAUUCGUCCAAGAUAAACGACUUGUACCGAUGUCCCGUUGUUAAUUCUGCGGCACAUUUGUUCGUGCUAUCCUAUCCAGUUCCUGGGAAACUUCACGAGGCAUCGAAUAGUCUAGAAAAGGAAGAGAUUAAAGAACCAAAUGCCUUCAUCAAUUAUGUCGUUACCCGCCGAAAAUUCAAACAGCACAUCGAAUUUCCAUCAUACCUGCUUUAUACGCCGAACUGGCUCACACAUACAAUCGAGGAGCAGUUUGAAAACUAUUGCAGUAACAUAGGGCUUCGCAGUGUUGUGACUUCCGUCGAACUACUGAAAAAAAUGACCGACAACGAGAUUGCAGCAGAAGACGCUUCUGGUGAACCGCAAGCCCCAGACGUGAUGUCAUACCAGGCACUGGUAAGAACUCACUUGGUAGUAGAAUCCGAGCCAGUCGGCCGUGGGUUUCAACGCCUAACCUUUGGACGAACCAGUGGCCAGCGGCAGAUUUCAGCUACGCCUCGUUACGAUAAUUUCGAUCAUUGACCAUUUUUUAUUAGAUGUCGUUCACAGACCUAUCGGCUAGAUCGUUUGGAGGUGUUUGAAUCUAACUAUAUACAUAUGUAUGUAUGACGCCAUGUCGAGUUUGUAUAUUGCGUGAUAAACACCGGGCCAAAACUAAAUAUAGUGAUUAUGCUAUGUGAAAGAAAAAAUGAAGGCGCUCCUGCGUAUCUCUUGAUACCAAAGAUUUUCUAUAAUUUAAUAUUUUAUAUAAUAGUCGUCCAUAAUGCUAUUAUUCGACUGUCGUUGUACUGAUUAAAGAAUGGAUAUACUUAUGAGCUCUAUUCUAUUCAGUUUUGACUGUCAUUACCAAGACAGGAUGGCUCAUAGAGGAAUAUGUAAACAAAAUAAACAUUUUUCGUAUAUAGAAGAUAUUUAUAUAUUUGUGUAUAGCAUUUCGUUAAAAUAUUUAUCAUGUUUAGGACAUUAUUCGAUGCUGAUACAGGUCCAUAGCCUCACUGGUGAUUAUUAUUCAUUUAAACGAGUCUUUUACUCGUUCUUAUUAACUUAUUCGUUUUGGUCUCUGUUACAUGAAGUCGGCGAUGGUCGGCAUGGUUAUCCCACUCAUAACUACCGCAGCUAAUAGAAUUGUAACUUCGAGGUUCAGGGAGGAAAAUUCUUGUGAUACUUUGUUUAGCAAUUUUUUUUAGCCCUCGUUUGCAUAGGAUGCUCAUGUGGGAGAGUCAAAAAUUCGAACUAAACCGUAUGAUUACUUUAUAUACUUGGUAGGCUAUACAUAAAUAAUAAAGAUUUGUACCAAUUAUUAAUUACGUUUUCGUAUACUAGUUGUUUAAAAAACAUGAACAAAAUUACACAGCACAUCACUGAAGAAGAUUUCCUAGGAAUAAAGGAUUCUCUUCCCUUCCGAUGGCCUUUUCCUGUUUUUCAUCAUAUUGAACUAAGGUCUCUAUUACCAGAACUUGUAGAUCCGCUUACCGAUCUCAUAUUUAACCUUGUGGCUAAUAUCUAACCGUGUGAAUACCAUAAUGUAGAUUCAGUCAUAAAUAAACAUGUUACUACUUACGUUCUUAGUAAAUAAAAACAGUGUAACGUUGUAACACAAUACAUGUUAUAGUUAAGACCAAGCAAAUAAAUCGAAGUUCUUACACGACAAGGAUCUUAAUGAUGGAAUUAUAACUUCUGAAUGAUUCAUGUAAUAACGGCCAAAAACUAUCGUAUCCGUGCGUAUGGUCUGCUGUCUGAAGCGUACAUUUACAGUUUUCUAAUAUUUAGAAAAAAUAAAAAUAAACAAAUUUAAAGAUUUUCAAAGCUGACAAGACAGAUAUGCUAGGUGCUUUUGAGGGUCGUCCUCGCAACUCCCCGUUCUACAGAAACAAUCGAAUGCGAUUUAAAAGUAGUUCACACUUAACGAACGUAAAGAGGAGCAUUGAUUAUUCUGUCAUAACUACAUCAUUGAUUAAAUGGCAGCAUUAGCGCGAUAUACGUCAACUUCUAUCAACAAUUAAUAGCUGCGAUUUAGGUUUUGGUCGGGGUAAGUUCUUCGAUUUUUUUCGUAACCCUUCGCGCAGCAAGUUCAUUGAACAGUGCUGACAACCCCAAGCGGUUGGCUAAAUUCUCGUUUUAUUGGGUCUACCAACUUUGAACAAGCUUUUAACUCCAAUUAGGAAGCAGGCCGUACUUUUUUAUAGGCGAUUAGACUUAUUAUAGAAAUCGCAGUAGUCGUGCAUUCUUUAUCGUCAAAGCUCUGUUCAUAUAUUUCUACGUGUAAAGUUUCUAUAAUACAACACAAUGACCUUUCAAUAAUGGCUAUUUACAGUCAACCUCGACCAACUGCCCCAGGGACGUAGCUUGAACGGCUAGAUUUUGGGAAAGCUUUUCCGAUAGCGUCGCAAGAAUGAAGUUAACGCUUCAUGUCGACUCGGUUUUCGACCGACGCUUCUUCGACAUAGUGAUUGAUCGAGUCGAUAUUGACUGUUUCCAGGACCUUACCAGAGACUAAUGUAUGCAAUACCGGCGGGCGUGUGGUUUAACAGGGAGGCGCCAAAUAAAG